AUGACGCGCAUGUAUGGUUGUGGCUCCUCAGGUGGGCGCACCACAUCCGCCGGAAGUGUCUUCUUCUUUUCCGCCGCUGGCAGUGGCGGGGCGCUCCCACGACGUGACGCGUUGGCACUCUCUCUUGUGUACGACUCCAGCACCCGCUCCAAGAGAGUGCUGGUGCUGCUUUGCUCCGGCCGCAGCUUUGCCGACGAUAGCGAGGAAGAGAGCGGAUGUGGCAAUGCAAUCGGGCCGCCACUAGCUCUGACAGCAGCGGCAGUAGUACUGCUGGCCACAGGGGCGGAAGCAGCAGCCGCAGCAGCAGCAUCUUCAAAAGAUGACAGCGCCCGUCUCUGCAACGCCGACGCGAUUCGCGCCGUCCGCUGCUCUGUUUGGAAAAGAGAAAUCUCCCCACACAGCACGUCCAACUGCUGCAUAGAUUCGUUCAGGCCCCGAUGCACUUCCAUCUGCUCGCGAAACCGUCGAUCGAGCUCCCGCAUCACUUUCCGAAACGGCACAGCGGGUCUCUCCGCCACGUGCAAGUCACUUGGCUCCGCAGCGGCAUCAAGCGGCGGCGACGACGCGACCCCCUGCUGCUCGUGCAACAACGGGGAUGACGGUUCCCGGCUGCACGGCUCCGCAGUGACGGCAGCAACUUCCAACGGCGGGGUGCCCAAGGAUGGCCUCGCGACUGCAUGUUCGCAGCGAGGGUGCAUGUGCUGCGGCGCGUCAUGCCGGUGGCGGUGUGGAACGGGCGCGGCCGCCUCACCAAAGAGCUGCGUGAAGAGUGGAGUAUUGGCCGCGCUGAAGCAUGUGUCUUGUCGGUACAUACCUUUUGGCAUACAACAGGAGGUAAGGAAACAUGUGUUGAAAGUGAGCUUCAAAGAGUUCAACAUGAUGUGA